UUAAUUUUUUAAAAAAUGUACGAAAAGAGAAUAAUAUUCAGAGACUGAAGAGAGAAAGACAGAGAGAGAGAGACAUUAAAGCUAAGAAAAAGACAAAGAGGAAGAAGGGAAGAAUCAGAAGAGAGACGGAAAAGGUUAAAAAGACUUAAAUAAAAUCUUUCUCUUUUGGUUUUGUUGGAGUGUUCUUUUCUCACAGCUCUCAAACAAGUCUUCCACUGUUUCGCUUCUUCUCAGCUUGUAAAGAAGAUUGAGACGAAUCUCGGAAAAUCCUUUGAUUGGUUAUUCUCUAAACUAAAAAAAAAACUGUUCCUUUCUCCUUUUUUUGUAAUAAAGUGAUACUGCUUACAAGAGUGUGAAGUGAAUGAAAGAUGCAGCACGACAGCUUCUUCCUGGGGUGCAAUCACUUAAACCGUGACAUUACUACGGAUGCGAGAACCGGCUAUCGUUUGUAUCCUGUUCAAGACAUUGAUUCGGUGUUAUCAAAUGUGAAUGUUGAUGAUACAUUCUCUGCGUUGUGUGGUGAUCUUUAUGUUAGACAGUUGAAGGAAACAAUGAAGCACACCAUGCUUGUACAAGAAUCCGUCUUUGAAAGUCAGAUCCAUGAGCUGCAUCGUCUGUAUCAGAGGCAGAAGGAACUGAUGAUGGAAAUGGAGGGAACUCGACAACACGAGGAGGCCUUGUACCUUAACUCCAGUGUCCCUAGCCUUACAACACACUGGAUGAGCUCAAACGUCUCCAUUUAUCAAACUAGGAACUUUCCUUAUGAAGAAAACAUUCCUAAUCAGACUGAAGCUGCAGAUAAUGUCAAGAAGCCUGAGAAGAUGGUCUUGGAUCUGGAGUUACCGGUUCUUGAGUGUCAUGAUGGAGAGGAAGAGACAAGUUUGAUGAAUGGUGAAGUUGCAAACUCUCUGGAAUCUGGUAGCCAGUCGAAUAAGCUGCAGUUUGAUUUGAAUGAGCCGGCCGAGACCGAGGAAGACUAUCAGUUCCUGAGUCCAGUUUCAUCCAAUGAGUCUGAUAAAAAGAAUGAGGGAGAAGGACGUUCAGUAAAGGGUUCCUGCUGGAUGUAUGAAGCGCAAGGUUAUGGAAUUGACUUGAACAUGUCUCCCCUUUCAUCUUUAGAGGAAGUAAAUGUUGUUGUUAAGAAGCUUGGAGCAGAGAAACCUCAAGAGUGUUUAUCAGGGCAGUCACGAGAGUUAGUUCAAGCGCUACCAUGUUUAAACAGCACUCUACUUUUGAACAAGCCACAUGACUCAUACAAGCCAAGGAAGAAGAAGAAGAAGAAGAAGGUAAAGCUUGGUCCAGUCAAAAAAACUUUCAAAGGCUCAGAUCUUGACCUGCACUCAAGUGCUCAAGCCACUACUGAUAAAGGGACUAAAGUAGUUGGGAAGAAGAAACGGAAGAAGAGCAGAAGGAUAUGUCUUGUUAAAGAGGGGAAUUAUAAAGAGAUAUCUGCAGCUGAGGCUAUGGUUGAUAUGUCUAGAAAGUCUGAUCGUGAAGCCUCUGAUUUCAUCACUUACAUAAGCAGAAAAAAUCUACUUAUGUUGGCUGAGGUUUCUUCUUUGGUUGUUGGAGGCUACGAGUUAGACUAUUCUGAGGCCACGACAGGGAUGAAUCUGGAGGACCACAAGAGAAUUCUGAGAUCGAAUACUACUGCAGUUAACAAAACAUCAGUCUCUAGCAUUGUCCUUAAAAAGCAGAAGAGGAGCUAUGUCAAGGGGAAACGCAAUGAUGACCUGCAAGGCACAUUUUCAGAAUGUGAAGCCAGCGAGGAGGAUCUGCAAGUAAAGGUAGAUGAAGUUUCUGGCCAAGAAGGGGACUGCGAGUUCCCCAAGAAGAAGAGAAGAAGCUCUCUUAAACGGACAGAGGAUUUCACUUGGGGAGCCAAGAGUAAACGAAGACGAGUCUCUAGGAUUCCUGCUGUUGAUUUUCAGCAUAUGAUCAUCAACCAAUAGUAUAAGCCAAACUAAAGAGAUGACUACAAGAAUCUUAGUGGAGAUGGGUUUUGCAAAAGUGUCUUGUCACAGAGAUCAAGACUACAAAGGAGAAUCAAAGAUCCCUAUAUACUUUUGAAUAUUUUGAGGAUUUUUUUUUUUGGGGGGGGGGGGGGGGGGGGGGGGUGGGGGUGGAGUUAGCUAUGUCUAGUUCAUCAAAAAUGAUAAUGAUCGUGUUGAAACUAGAGUUAGUGCUUAUACAUAGCUGAGAAGAGCCAACUCGAAGUUCAUUACUUUUCAUUACGAAUCAUAAACAAGAGUGAAACAAUGCAUAUCGUUUGUGAAUC